CUCUUUCGCCGACAUGUCCUUGAACAGCGCCCCCUCCCUUCUGCGCUGCCACGCGAAAUACUCUGAAAGUACACAGGGGUUCACUCCCCUGCUGACCAGCAGCAUCCUCCACACAAUCCCCCCAACCCGCAUCAACCUCGCCAACACAACCGACCAGAAUGCCCUCAACCUCGCUCAACACCACACGGCGCCAGGGGCUGCAGAUCAGCCCGCAUCAGAGACCCAUCUGCCAGACCAGCAGCAGCGGGUCCAAGGAGGCCUUGCCCAGCCACAGCCCCACACGCAAGACGCCAUGCCACCGGCGGCGUUUCAGGAGCUCCCCCUGAAGCAGCUGACGUCGGAGCAGCUCAAACAGAGAUGCGAGGCGCGCUUCCUGCACCUGGCGCGAUGUAUCGAGAACGUCUGCAUGGACGCCAUGAGUGCCGAGUGGGAGUGGCAGAAGCGAGUCGGCGACAGGGCCCGGGAGCUGUGGGACUGUGCAGAGGUGGUGAUCAGUGAGGCCAUGGACACGGUGGCGCACUGUGUGGCGAGGGUUGAGGCGGCGAAUGAGAGGCGGGACGAGGUGCGGCGGGAGAACGAUGUGUUGCGCCGACGUGUGGGUGAGAAGGAGAGAAAGGUGCACAGCGUCAAGGCAAAGACAUCCGAUGAGCUCAAGAGACACGUGGCAACACUCAACUGCAAGUGGGUUACUCAUUUAAACACAGGCACCACCAAGAAUGCCUGUGUCCACUCAUUAUAUCGUUUCUCUGCUGCAGGUGGCGGAAGGAGAGGGCCCAGCUGGAGGCUGUCCGAGCGCACUUAGAGGAGUGCUCGAAGCGGCUCGACACCGAACACCCAGGGAGCCCCAUUAAGCAGGCACAGGAGGAGCUGCUCGAUCAACAGCAGAUGACCAAGUGAAUCAUACAUGAGACAUUAAGACGGAGAAACCCACAACAGGCAUUGCAACGAGUUUUGUCUCUAUGCGUGUACUGUAUGUGGGUGUGUGUAGGAGGGUGGAGGAGGAGCGUGAGAGGCUGCGUGUGGCCCUGGAGGAGCUCAGGCGGCAGUACACACACGUCGAGCUGACCCUGGAGGGGAGGGAAGCCGAAGUCGAGCAUGUACUCGACAUACACCAACAGACUAAGGUGAUCGAGGAACUGCACCCACCACGCACAUAGCCUCCCCUCCCACCACUCACAUCAGAGUGUGCCGCGUAGAUAGGCGGCGCUGCGGGAGGCGGAGAGCCAGAACGCCCAGCUGAAUGAGUGUCUUCACAUGGCAGAGGAGGACCUCGCCGCACACAAGCUCCGCGGCCAAGUGGACCGGCUCAAGGUCGACGCAUUCGAGCGAACUCUCUCCCCAUUCCUGGUGAGACUGACCCGCACAAAAGACAUACACACCGACCACACGCGCGUCACGCCUGUGUCUCUUUUCGCCUGUGUAGGGCGCCAAACUGCCUGUCCUGCAGCCCGACUUGUUGGGCGCCGCUUUCUCCCCGGCUGGUUCUCCCAUUCGUCAAGGCCCAUCCGGCCCAGGCUUCUCGUUCUACAGUCGUGUGUCAAUCGUCAAGUUUGCCGCCCCACAGGCGGCAUCGCCCUCUUCCAGGGACGGAGGAGGCCAAGACAGAGACGCCACCUCACUUCCAUACGCACACGAGAGGAGGUCCACCAGAGGAUCGACACUGCCUGCCAAGUCAUCGGCAGCGGUCAUGCUCCCUCAAGCGGCCUUCAGCACAGCCGAGUUGGUGGACGACUCGGCCAGGGGUCUGAUUACCAAGAGUGCCGUCACGGAGUCGACUAAUGUGCGUGAGGGUGUGGGCGAGGUGGACUGGUGGCAUGAGGAGAGGAAGGAGAAGGAGGAGGGGGCCGACACCACCGGCAAGUCUGCCGGCGAGAAAGUGGUGGGCGAGACACGCAGCCAGCUGUUUGGGGCAUCAAUCGACUGACUGUCCUGGCUUCUGUAUUUUGUGCCAUCUAUGGGUUUGCAUUGCAGAUGAGCAUCUUUCAGCGACUGAAGGGUGUGCGGCAGACGGCUCUCAAGUGGAAAAUGCGCUCAAUCGUCAAAAAGUAAGCCAGGCAGCCGCAGCAAAGAGAGAGACAUGGAAUUGGCUACCCCGCGCUGCGCUUUUCGUUCCCGCAGUCCGGUGAAGGUGUUGUGUAGAAUGACGGCCAUCCGCCCAGUCCCGCUGGAUUGGUUGAAGGAACGAAACAUGUAGGCGCGCAGGCCGCUGGCUACGACACACGCAUCAUUCCACGUGCGGUCCGUUUGUCCCUCACUGUUCAGUGAGGCGGGCCGUCUUGUCGAGAUGGAGGAAUUCUGCGCAGAAUUCCGGUCGGUACCAACACCCCCCACCAUCUCAUCCCUCGUCUCGUCCCCUCUCGCUGUAUGUAUGCAGUCAGGCGAUGGCCUCAGCCCGCGGCGAGACAGACCUGGACCUGCUCAAGAGCCCCGUCGAUCCGCCACCAGACGACCUCCGGCAACCCCCUCCGCCCAUCGACCUACUCCUCGGCCUUUUUCCGCCAACCAGAGGAUCCCGCAUGUCACGCAGCGGCAUCACUGACGGCGGCGGAGGGGGCGCGCCACUGCUGUCGCUGGACAGGGUGCGUGCGACUGUCCGGGUGUUGUUGGACGCCAUGACGAUGGAUGUGUUUCUCUCGACGACGGACUUCCGUGCGCUGCCUCCCUUCACCGAGUACGUCAUGGCGUGGCUGCAGCGGUAUGACGUCAACAUUUCGACUAGCGGCACGACAGCCGCACCAGCUGUGCCCGGUCGGCGAGCCGACGAGGUGACGUCACAGGUGUGGAUAGUGGAGAGAAAAGGCGCUGGAGCGGCGUCAUUGGCUGUGGGUGGUGGGGACCGUCGUGAGGGCAUGACUCUGGGCGACACGCGAGCAACCGAAGUGUUUGUGCGAUCUGUGCUCACAUACCGGUAAGAUAUCCGCACAGAGGAACAAACGGCCCUCUGUAUGUCUCUGUGUGCGUCUUUGUGUCUCAGCGAGCGUGGUGGAUGGGAGGUCCACACGUUCGCAUCGUUUCUGCUGGAUGAGUACUCGAGUGACGUGCUGCUGUAUUAUUUGCUGAUCCGGCACCACCUGAUGGGCCUCGAGGUGCGCAGGAAGGACGACCUCACAGCCGAAGCCAAACUCGUCGACGUACGCAUGCACACUUUGCUUACACAGAGAGGAGACAUGUGUAUAUUGUGUGGCAGUGAUGAGACAUGCGCUUAUGUGUGUCCGCAGGUGAAGCAGGCCAUUCGGUGGGCGCGGACCCUGCUGGGGUCUGACAGCUUCACACACAGGGAGAUCAACACACUCUCAGAGGUAAAGAGAAGAGACACAAACCUUUGUUCAUGCCCUUCCUCUCGCUGUCUGUCUGUCUGUCUGUCUGUCUCUGUCUCCGCAGAAGCUCAUGUCGGCGGCUGUGCGGUUUGGGGUAUCGUCAGCAGUCAAGAAGACAUCAGAGGAGGACACUGAGGACGACAGCAGCCCCACCGGCAGCAGCACGGGGGACAAAGAGGGCACCCAAAAGACCAAGCACCAGCUGCCAGUCUACCUCCUGCUGCGGCUGUUCCUCGACGAAUUCCGCGUCGAACGGUCAGCGACUGAGUGAGUGUCGGAUCAGUGACUUGAUGGAUGCGACCAUGCUGCCUCAUUGCAGACACAAGCGUCUGUUCUGUCUCAAGUGGCUUUCGGAGCUGGCACUCACAAUGAGAGGUGGGUCCUUCGGCGGAGCAGCAGCAGCUGCUGCAGCCACAGCCGGGCCCACCGCCACCGAUCGGCUCUCCCAGGCACCCUCCGCCCUCCUCAGUCGCAGCGGCACCAAACCCCUCAGUGGGUCUGCGUCGUUCCGUCGGGCGACCACCAUGCGGUCCUCCACUCUCAGUGGCCAGAGGAAGACACGAGACCUCAGCGAGGUACGGAGAGAAAGAGAGAUCCAUUGGCCGACUGAGCGUCGUCUGUUCGUGUGUGUGUGUGCGUCUGAGUAGGUCCUGGCUGACUCUGGGUCUGAGGAGGACGAGCACGACAAGGAUGAGGGCGGGACGGGUGUUGCGGCCAUGGCGGCUGACGACACAGACGGCGGCGGCUUCUCGCCCUCACUCACCCUUUCACAGGUCAUCCAUCCAUCAAUCCAUCCCUCACGUGUCUCCCUCCCUCCCUCGCCAUAUGUGUGUGUGCGUGUGGGUGUGCAGGUGUGUGUGAUAGUUGCGGCGCUGUACCCUUUGCCGCCCGAGACAGCACCAUACACACCCUUGUCCAUCGCCGCACGGGUCUUCAGGGAGGCCGCCACGCUCGGCAGAGGCCGCGUCGACACACAGUCGCUGGCCUGUGCGGUCGAGGCGUUGUGCCUGCCCUCUCUAUCCGUCAAGUGGCAUCUGGACAAACAGGGGCUGACCAGGCCAGAGUCGGGCAUACUCGUGCCUGCUGCGGCCUCGCAAGCCUCUCCCGAUGACGUCAUCAAACUCGUCCAGGUCAGUGAGCCCCACGAUUCGAUCCAUGUGCACAUACAUCAUGAUGUAUGUGUCUGUCUCUCUUGCUGUCUGUCUGUCGUGUGGGGCACAGGACGAGUAUGAGCGGCUCCAGCGGCUGACGGUGCUGGGCCCACGACCAAACGCCUAUAUAAUGCAGCUGGGCGCCCUCACGUGUCUGCCCAACAUCAUGGCGGCGCUGCAGCCGCCGAUGGAGAGCAGGGACUCGCUCGGCACCGAAGACACCACACUCACCGACCUCUCACUCUUCAGGCACGUCACACAUGGAUGCCAGGCCACACACAGAGGGGGGAUGGACAGAUGUCUGCAGAGACUCUCACUCUCUCUCUCUCUCUCUCUCUCCAUUCCUUCACACAACAGGCUGCUGUCAGUGACCUUCUCCCUUGCCCGUGCAGUGUCUCUGGCACGGCUGACGGCAACUUUCGACCGGCCCCCCGCCUCGCCCCUGAUGGUGCGCAAGGGCGGUGCAGGUGCCCCUGGUGGUGUGCUGGUGGGGAACAGGGAGAUGGCCAGACUGAGAGGGGUGUUUAGCUUGCUCAGCGAGAUACUCAAGCUGGAGCUGGACAUCGUGUCGUGAUAUAUCGACUGACUGAUGUGAUUGAUUGAUGUGUUGUGUGUGACUGAGAUGAU